UACUUGGGAUUGGGGUAGAAUUAAACAGGUGUCAAAACUCAGCAUUUUGUUCGCGUGUCAUCUUCUUUACCUCACGAACCACUGGUCAAAACAGCUAAAGAAGAACCUGCGUCUUCCGUUUUUCACUUCUGGUUUAAAAGAGGAAAAUAAAAUAAUAAUGGACUUUACGGACAGAACUAGAAUACAUAAUUACAAGCUGCAUACUUGAUUCAAUCAAAUGUUUUUUUCUCUUCUUCAGCCUCUGGAGGUGGGGCACGUGAGGGUCUCUCUUCUGUGACUGGUUUUCUUUCGAUUUUGAUUUCAAGGUGAAGGUGUUGAGAUGGCGUCAGGUUCAGUGGAUGAUCUGAGGAUUGUGCUGAUUGGAAAGAAUGGAUCAGAAAACAGCCGAGUGGGAAACAUUACAGUGGGUACAGAAGCGUUUAACAGAGAAGCUCCAUUCUAUUUUCAGCAGCACAGUAUGAAAAUCAGUGGAGAGGUGGAGGGGAGACACAUCACAGUCAUCAACACUCACCUGCUCGAGCCAAAUCUCUCGCAGCAUCGGAUCACUCAGGGAGUGAGAGAGUGUGUGUCUCUGUCUGCUCCAGGACCUCAUGUGUUUGUACUUGUACUGCAGUAUAAAGACUUCAGUGAGAAUGACAAACACAGAGUGAAAUGUGUGCUGAACCACUUCAGUUACCAGGCCAUGAAACACACUAUAGUGCUGACGACUGAUGAAGAGCCGCGCACAUCCAAAAUGACUUCUGUGAUAUGGAAUAAGGUUAUUCAUGAUUUAAUAAAGGAGUGUGGAGGAGGAAAUCUACACUUUGAUACAACAAACCCAGGAUGGCGAUCUGAGUUGUUCAGAAGAAUAGAGGAGAUACUCAAGAAAGAGCACAAAGAAUUUCUCAUCUGUGACAUGCAUGAGGAUGAUGGAUCAUCAGUGGAUGGAGAUAUGAGCAGAUCAGGAGGUUCAAUCAGAGGAGACGACAAAGAUGAUUCUGAACCCAAUGAAAGCACACAAACAGCAAAUGAUGGAGGAGGAAGUGUUCAUUUGGUACCAAAACUGAUCUGA